AUGGCAGAUGAUUCAGGGGACCCCGGGCAAUACUCUGAGGAGGUCAUUGAAUAUAAUAUCAAGUUGUGUGUUAGGGUUAUAACGCUGGCACGGGUUACAGCAGUGGCCAGCACCCACAAAGGUACAAGCAAGGCCUUUGGGGUGCUGAGAAGUCGCGCGGAUAAACAGUUGACGCUGCAUGCUGGAACUGGCAACAUACGGCUGUUGCUCUUGAAGUCCACGUCUUAUAUCUCCAGCAGAAGGCGGCUCCCGUGCGGCGACCCCGUAAAUGAGAUCCGUCGUGUGUCGACGUACAAAACGCAGUACUUGUUGACAUCAGCUUGCCCUUGCAAACUUGGAUCCAAGAAACAAUCGAAAAUAAAUAGUAUCCUCCGAGGGGUUUGUCAUAAAAGUCAGGUUCGUCAUCAACGGGGUAUCCGAUAA